CUUGGGGUGGGGUGUAGUAUAAAAAUGCACCAGAGAUGCAUUGUGGGUCGAUACUCCAGCAACAGGUGCGUUAGAAUGAAGUUCUUAGUGUGUGCUAUUGUGCUAAGUGUCGUGUGUUUAGACGCGCUCGUGGCCGGAGCAGACGAGCCAGUAAGUCCACCAAAUCUGGAAGAUGUAAGCAAAAUUGCUAAUGGAGAGGCAUUCGCCCUAGAAUGCCUCAUUGAGAGUGGACUCAAGUUGGAUUCGCUUGCUUCUCUCUCGGCUAGUGAUCUGGAUGCGAACGGAAACAAGAUAAAGUGCUUGGUGAAAUGUUUCUUUGAGAAAACUGGCUUCAUGGACAAGGAUGGUCAGCUGCAGGAGAAGACCAUCAUCGAGCAGCUGUCCAAGUUUAUGCCACGGGACCGCAUCGAGGCGUUGGUGAAGAACUGUAACUUCCAGGAGGCAGAUGCGUGCGAAACCGCCUACAAAGUGACCGAGUGUUACUUCCAGAACAAAGCGGGACUAUUCUAAAGACGCUCCUAGCUCUGAACAAAAGCCAUGCGAUAAGGUGCGCGUGUUGUUCGUGAUCG